AUGCUUUGGAGAGAUGCAGAUCAAUCACCAAGCGAAUUAACAAUCGAUGGGAGUAAUCUAGAUAGAUACCAUGGUGAUACACUUACCUUUACACAUGUAGUAGAUAAUAAUGGCGGUGUAUUGGAGAUCCCUAUUGAUAACUACGUUGUCAAUGGCGACGAAUUAAAUCUUCAAGAUCAUACUGGAAUUAUUGAUACUGGAACCACACGAAUAAUUUUGCCACAAGCUGAUGCUGAAGCGUUAUAUGAUGCAAUUCCCACUGCUAUAGACAAUGGUGAUUGGACCUACGCACUACCUUGUGAUGAACAACAUGAAGUUAGUCUGGUAUUUAGCGGUAAGACUUGGAGUAUAGAUUCUAGAGAUUUUACAGUUGAAAUCGAUGAAGAUGAUUGCAUUGGAGCUGUUAUUUACGCCGAUACUAGAGAUGACACAUUAUGGCAUAUUGGCACUGCCUUCUUAAGGAACAUAUACACCAUUUUUGAUCAAGGCAAUCGUCAAGUUGGAUUUGCUCAAUUAGCUUAA